CUGAAGUCACAACAAACGACCGUUGCUCACCGUGACCGGCCGUUAGCUCGGUGACUGUACGCCUGUCAGGGGGCCAGGGCCGGUGCUGCUGUCUGAAAGAAUCCGGAGGACACAGUCGGAGCCGCGGACACGUUGUGGAGGAGCAGGGUUUAUUCACGGAGCCGCCCCGCCGGAGAGUCGUUGUGACCAGUAAAAUGGUAGCACCGGAGAGGGGCAGAGGGCACCGAGGAGCCCGCUGAUUCACACCGAUAACCCUCACCAUCUGUCCGCUCACAGAGAAACUAACGUUAAGCAGCAACCGGUGACCGUACGCCCGUUGACCGGGCCGCCGCUGAUGGAUCCGUCUCGCUGCUAACCGCUGCUAACGUUGGCGGCCAGGCUACAUGCUAGCAAGCUAACAUCACCAGCCAGCUCAGCAGCGUCCGUUAACUGUCACGCCGAGUCCCGGUACUGUUGGUAUGGAACGGACAACGGCCACCAUGCUGUCGCCCCGAUAAACAGAACUGCAACCUUCAGUUAGCUGCUAGCCGCGGAGCUAACCGUUAGCUGCGGAACAUCUGGCCGCAGCUAGCUCUCCGUGUAGCGGCCGACGAUGGUCGCAGUGACGGCAGCUGCUCUGGAGGAACGGCCCGUCCCCGCUCACCGCUUCACUGCCUUGCUGGACCCAGACAUACCGGCACGGCGUUAAUGUAAACCGGUGAACCGUGCGUGUCGGCCCCGCUGCUGCACUCAGACCACGCACACCCCGCAGCAGCAGCCAUGCAGGCAGCCCAACUGCAGUACGACUUCUUCAACGAGGAGAACGCACCGAAGUGGAGAGGCCUGCUGGUGCCUUCACUGGAGAAGGUUCUGAACCAGGUGCAUCCCAACCUGGUGUCCCAGCAGGAGGCACUGCAGUACAUCGAGGAGCUGAUCCUGCUCCUGCUCAGUAUGCUGUGUCAGGCUCAGCCACGCACCGUGCAGGAUGUCGAGGAGCGAGUUCAGAAGAGUUUUCCUCACCCGAUUGAUAAGUGGGCGAUCGCCGAUGCUCAGGCCGCCAUCGAGAAGAGAAAGAGGCGGAACCCGCUGGCGCUGCCCGUCGACAAGAUCCACCCGCUGCUCAAGGAGGUGCUGGGUUAUAAGGUAGACCACCAGGUGUCGGUCUACAUGGUGGCAGUGUUGGAGUACAUCUCCGCUGACAUCCUGAAGCUCGCCGGAAACUACGUCAGGAACAUCCGACACUACGAGAUCUCCCAGCAGGACAUCACUGUGGCCAUGUGUGCUGACAAGGUUUUGAUGGACAUGUUUCACCAGGAUGAGGAGGACAUCAGUGGCUUCCCUCUGAUGGACGAGGAACCAUCAGCCAAUGAGGAGCAGAGUUACUAUGAGCUGGUGAGGAGCUUAAUGUCCGACGGUCGACAGUACCUGAGACAGCUCAACCUGCUCAUCAAGGUGUUCAGGGAACCCUUCAAUUCCAGCCCCAUGCUCUUCUCCCAGCACGAUGUGGACAGUAUCUUCAGUCGGAUCGUAGACAUCCACGAGGUGACGGUGAAGCUCUUGGGUCUGAUCGAGGACACGGUGGAGAUGACAGAUGAAGGAAGUCCUCAUCCUCUGGUGGGAAGCUGCUUUGAGGACCUGGCUGAGGAGUUGGCCUUUGACCCCUAUGAGACGUACGCUCAGGACAUCCUGCGCUCUGGUUUCCAUGAACACUUCCUCAGUCAGGUGUCCAAACCUGGAGCUGCCUUCCACCUGCAGUCCAUCUGUGAAGGUUUUAAAGAGGCUGUUCAGUAUGUCCUGCCCAGACUGCUGCUCACUCCUGUUUACCACUGUCUGCACCUGUUUGAGAUCCUCAAGCAACUGGAGGAGAAAAGUGAGGAUGAGGAGGAUAAAGAGUGUCUGAAACAGGCCAUCACAGCCCUGCUCAACCUGCAGAGCAGCAUGGAGAGGAUCUGCUCCAGGAGCCUCGCCAAGAGGAGGCUCAGCGAGUCAGCGUGUCGCUUCUACAGCCAUCAGAUGAAGGGGAAGCACCUGGCUAUCAAGAAGAUGAACGAGAUCCAGAAGAACAUCGACGGCUGGGAGGGCAAGGACAUUGGCCAGUGCUGCAAUGAGUUCAUCAUGGAGGGCACUCUGACCCGCGUGGGCGCCAAACACGAGCGCCACAUCUUCCUGUUUGACGGCCUGAUGAUCUGCUGCAAGUCCAACCAUGGCCCGCCGCGGCUGCCCGGUGCCAGCUCCACAGCAGAGUACCGGCUCAAAGAGAAGUUCUUCAUGCGGAAAGUUCAGAUCAAUGACAAGGACGACAAGGAGGGUGAGUACCGGCACGCCUUCGAGAUCAUCCUGAAGGAUGGGAACAGCGUGGUGUUUGCUGCCAAGUCGGCCGAAGAGAAGAACGGCUGGAUGGCGGCGCUUAUCUCACUGCAGUACCGCAGCACGCUGGAACGCAUGCUGGACUCAGCCAUGCUGCAGGAGGAGAAGGAGGAGCAGAUGAGGCUGCCGGGAGCUGAGGUGUACCGGUUUGCGGAGCCGGACUCAGAGGAGAAUGUCGUGUUUGAGGAGAACGUCCAGUCCAAGUCUGGGAUUCCCAUCAUCAAAGCAGGGACAGUCCUAAAACUGAUUGAGAGGCUCACCUUCCACAUGUACGCAGAUCCAAACUUUGUCCGAACAUUUCUGACCACCUACAGAUCCUUCUGUAAACCUCAGGAGCUGCUGGACCUGCUCAUGGAGAGGUUCGAGAUUCCGGAGCCGAGGCCGAGCGAGGCGGAUCAGAUGGAGGGAGGAGAGCAGCCGCUCAGCGCCGAGCUGAAACGCUUCCGCAAAGAGUUCGUUCAGCCGGUCCAGCUCAGAGUGCUGAAUGUGUGCCGUCACUGGGUGGAGCAUCACUUCUAUGACUUUGAGAGAGACUCUCACCUGUUGAGGCGGCUGGAGGACUUCAUCGCCUCAGUCAGAGGUAAGGCAAUGAGGAAGUGGGUGGAGUCGAUCACUAAGAUCAUCCAGAGGAAGAAGCUGGUGCAGGUGAGUGGACCGAGUCACAGCAUCACCUUCCAGAACUCCCCUCCUCCAAUCGAGUGGCACAUCUGUAAACCAGGAAACAUCGAGCAGUUCGACCUCAUGACGCUGCACCCCAUCGAGAUAGCCCGCCAGCUCACCCUGCUCGAGUCAGACUUCUACAGGGCCGUACAGCCUUCAGAACUGGUCGGCAGUGUCUGGACCAAAGAGGACAAAGAGAUUCACUCGCCCAACUUGUUGAGGAUGAUCCGUCAUACCACCAACCUCACCCUGUGGUUCGAAAAGUGUAUUGUAGAAACAGAGAACCUGGAGGAGCGAGUGGCUGUUGUUUCUCGGAUCAUUGAGAUCCUGCAGGUUUUUCAGGAACUUAACAACUUCAAUGGAGUUCUGGAGAUCGUCAGUGCCAUGAACUCCUCACCUGUCUACAGACUGGACCACACCUUUGAGCAAAUUCCAAGUCGACAGAGGAAAAUCCUGGAGGAAGCUCAUGAGCUGAGUGAAGAUCACUACAAGAAAUAUUUAGCCAAACUGCGGUCUAUCAACCCCCCCUGUGUCCCCUUCUUUGGAAUCUACCUGACCAACAUCCUGAAGACGGAGGAGGGAAACCCCGACUUCCUGCGCAGACACGGCAAAGAUCUGAUCAACUUCAGUAAGAGACGGAAAGUGGCUGAAAUCACUGGAGAGAUCCAACAGUACCAGAACCAGCCAUACUGUCUGAGGGUGGAGAACGACAUCAGGAAGUUCUUUGAGAACCUGAACCCAAUGGAGGACAUGUCAGAGAAGGACUUCGCUGAUCAUCUGUUCAACAAAUCUCUGGAGAUCGAACCUCGAAACGCCCGAUCGUUACCUCGAUUUGUGAAAAAGUACACCUGUCCUCUGAAGUCUCCGGGCAUUCGUCCCACCUCGGCGAGGCCCGGCACCAUGAGGCACCCGACCCCGCUGCAGAACGAGCCCAGAAAGAUCAGCUACAGCCGCAUCCCUGACACCGAGGCCGAAGGGGGCGCCGUCUCCGCCCCCAACUCCCCCCGAACCCCCUUGACUCCUCCACCUGCCUCCGCCGCCUCCAGCUCCACUGACGUAGGCAGCGUGUUCGACUCGCCACAGGGUCCCAGCAGCCCCUUCCACUCCACCUGCGACAGUAUCUUUGCUGUGGUCUCUCUGCCUCACGGUCCACGGUCGUCCUCGGUGUCCUCCAUGGUGAGCUUCAGUCGGGGUUCAGAGGACGCUCCUGUCCCCCCUCCCGUUCCUCCUCGCAGACGACCAGAGUCGGCUCCAGCUGAGUCCUCCCCCUCCAAGGUCAUAUCGAAGUUGGACAGCCCCCCCGCUGUCCCUCCUCGUCAGCCCACCUGUAAGCUGCUCCCCCCUCGUUACUCCUCGUCUUUGUCCUCGUCUUCCCCCCCUGACAGCCCCCCCUCACUUCCUCCUCGGGAGCCCCUCAGUUCCCCUCUACACCUCCUGCCCCCCCCUCAGGGACGCCCCCGCUGUGACCUGCUGCCUCAGGCCUUCUUCCCCUCCACCACCUGCUCCUCACCCUCCAUCAGCUCCACCACUGCUGCCUCCUCGCCCCCGCUGCCACCUCCCACCCCCAUCACCCCCAGUCCUACCCCUGCCUCUAGGAAGAUGCCUCUCCCCUCGCCACCCUUACCCCUCCUCCCUUUGGACGGACCCCCUGUCCCCCCCCGACACGGUGUCCCCAAACUCCCCCCCAAGACCUACAAGAGGGAGUCUCUGACCCACGCCCCCCUGCUGGACAGCCCCCCCGCACUGUGAUCGGACAGUCUGGACACUCUUGAAGGGACGGGGCAACUGAUUGGACAGUCUGUGGAGGGGUGGGUGUAGACACGCUAACACUACAGCUGACUGGAUCAGGACAGACGAUUUAUUAACAUCCGAUCGAUCGAUUGCGACGUUCUGAUCAAGACUGAUAAAAAAUAAAAUACAGUUCACGUGCCCUUAUUCUGAAAAACUGAGUGCGGCCUCCAGCAGAACGUUGGAGAACGUUUGGAACACGUUCGUCUGUCUGUGGUCAGAUUUUCAUUUCUGUUUCUCACCUCUGAGCUGAGACCCUGAUGAGACUCGUGCAAAGGAUUGUGGAUAAUAUCGUCCCCCAAAGACUUAAGUGGACUCUGGGUCUGAGGUGUCGGUGCGUCAGAAGCCUCCGGGUACUGGACCAGAACCACAGAGGUACUGUAGUGGUUCUGGUGGAACUGUUGAUGAUACAAACGUGAUGAUUGCCUUCUUUAAAACAAGGGAAUAAACGUGUUUCUACCACAGAGCUGGAAGGACGACAACACGCUGCACUGUCUUUAUUUUAUCUGCUGGGGGGACGGGGACAGGGACUAGGACGAGGACAGGGCUGG